AUUGACGAGUGUUGGUUCGCUAAUUUGUAAAUUAUUACAAAAUCAUAAUGGAGAACGACGCCGGUGAGAAUGUUGAUUUGUACGUGCCCCGCAAAUGCUCGGCAUCGAACAGAAUCAUCCACGCUAAGGAUCACGCCUCCGUGCAAUUGAGCAUUGUUGUUGUGGAUCCCGAGACCGGUCGCCAAACCGAUGGCACCAAGACCUAUGCCAUCUGCGGUGAGAUCCGUCGCAUGGGCGAGUCCGACGAUUGCAUUGUGCGUCUGGCCAAGAAGGAUGGCCUCAUUACCAAGAACUUUUAAAUAAAUUGUACACAACAAGAAUUGGUAAUAAAGUGAAUUCCUUUUGUAUUUAACGUAA